AUGGAUACGACAUCAGCCCUCUUUCGAGACGUGGCAGCUAUUCUCGACAUUGACUCUAGCCUCAACUUGCUCCAUGACCACACCACUUUCACUCAAUUCGCGCAAGGAUUGGAGGGGCUCCGAAGCGUCGCCUUCAACCCUGACCUCUCCGAACAAGUGCAGCUCUACGCCAACAAACAGCUCAUGCAUGCCGGGGAGAGGGGCAUUUCAUGGUUCGCCAAAGUACCAGUCAACGAUUGUUCAUCCGAGGAAUUCGUUGACCAGGUCAUCGUUCCACAGCACUUGCCCGACCUAACCGAUCUUGUUGAUCUCCUGCAAGAGACAAAUGCUAUGAGCGCUGCCUACUUCGUGGAGCGGCAGCUGAACGUGUUGGACGGGAGGGAUCUUGGAAAGGCUGGUAGUGGUGAUAUUGGUGGGGAGAGUGGUCCCUCGGUUGUGGACGUGGUCACAGAGGAGGAGAAGAUGAAGAAGGGCCUCGCCAUUGGUGGCAAGACGAAGCGAGUGCUCAGUGUCCGACAAGGCCUGUGGCUUCUGGCUGUUCUUGCGCUGGCCUACUUCUGCGUGCAUUUACUGCGGCGUCGUUGA